CCGAGUUCUCCAGCAGUGCCCUACUAUUGCCAAUGAUAGCGCACCUCUUCCACUCGCUAGCCACCGUUUGCACGUGUCUGUGAUCCGAAGUCGAUAUGGCAGCGAACCGGGUCGGGAGGAGAUGUAACAACAAGGUCCAUUCCCCGAGUAGGGGUCCAGGUAGGGACCCGGGGCUUAGCUUGCAGAAGAGGCAAGCACGGGUCACGGUAAAGUACAACAGAAAGGAGCUCCAAAGGCGCUUGGAUGUGGAGAAGUGGAUUGACUGUAGUCUGGACGAGCUCUAUGUGGGCAGGGAGGAGGAGAUGCCAGAGGAGGUGAACAUUGACGAGCUGUUAGACCUGAAGAGUGAUGAGGAGAGAACGCACAGGCUCCAGGAAAUGUUUCACACGUGCAAUAACACAGAGGUUUUCAUCAAGGAGCUGGUGUUGAAACUCCACGGGCUGCAGAAACAGGAGGACCUCCACAACAAUGGCAUCGAACAACCCCAGCUACACAUCUUCCCCAACCGGCAAAACUCUGCAGACCGAGAGGUGAUCUGAAGGCCCUGUUAUGAUACCCUUCAACCCCAGAACCCGACUCCCCAUCCCUCAGCCCGAUGCCACGGACCUCAUCUGAAAAACAUGGGGUCUUGCUGGUCUUUACACUGUGCUCUACACACUGUCAAAUACACAUCAAACAGCUAGCCAGAAUCGGACAACUUAUCACAAACUUUGCAGACACCUUAUCUUCUGUCCACACACACAACCACAAUGCACAGGCAGUCCCUGCAACAUUUGUACCUCUACGAUGUCAAAUGGAUUCUGUUUUAUUUUCGUUAACUCCGUGUCUGAAAUGUUUGAAACAUGCUGCUCUCUGUUGAGUCGCUACCGCUACUUGUGUCCUGUGUUUCCAUGAAUUGCUUUUCUUGGAAAACUCAUUAGGGUAUCGACUGUUGGUCGGUGUGUCUUAUGUUGUGAGAUGCACCUCUGAUUCUGUUUAGCUCAUAAACCAGAACCAACAAUGUCAGUCUGAAGGUAAUAAAGACUUUAUAGAGCUUCCAUAUACCCAAAUGGGUUAGUCAACGGUUCCUCGCUACAAGCAGGCCUACCAUAUUUUCAAACUGCAUCCAGUAACGUUAAGAGACAAUAGCUCAUGAGGGGAGAAAUAUUGUUGUGAUAUUCCCAAUCAUUUUAAUGACCAUAUAGAUAAAGCUACAAAGGAUAUUGUUUAUGAAGAGCAAGUAGUGUUGCUUGGUAGGUUGUCAACUGCCCCUCAGAAAGCCGGUUUAGACUAGCUAUUAAGGAUCAUUUAAGCUGUCAGGAAAACCACGUAAUUCAUUUCUUACCAAAGUGUUUGUAUAUCUGUAGAGGAUUUUCAGUCAGCUAAAGGAUAAAAACCCAACUGCUUUACUGUGCUCCUAUGUGCCACCUCAGGUACACAAUGUUUUUUUUUUUUUUACAUGAGUUUCAACACGGUUUGUAAAUGUGCAGAUCUCGGUUGUAUUGGUUUAAAUACAUUUUGAAUUCAAUGUUUCCUAGAGUAACUUUGAAUCAUUACCAGCAUAGUGUUUUAUAGAUUCGAGGCUGUCUUUACAUGCUGCUGUACCAUAGAGAAGGCCCGUGUUAACAAAAAUAAAAAAAAGAAUGCUGAGUCGUAUGGAUAAACAGCGCCCUCUUCUGGUUAAAUGUACUGAGUAAUUUACAACAACAUUACAUUUUGGGCAUGACAGUCUACUCUACACACAUUUGACAAACAGGGUGUUUAUUUAAUCCCAUAGGGAUCAACCCAUUUACCAUCAUUGUAAAUAGAUUGCUAGGGUGUGACUGAGGGUAGGUAGGUAGGUAGGUAGGUAGUAGCCUAUAUGAUGCGAACUUAAGUGUCAGCCCGAGGAUGCAUGUAAUAUCAGACGGGUCAGAUUUUUCAAGCACCCGUAACUUUAUCAUAGCAAUCCUACAGUAUGAACUCUUGCUCAAACCAAUCCAAUACUAUCUAAUCUGACAGACUGUCAUGGUUCAUUGGAAUAACCUGUAGAUGGCAGGAGAACACAAGUCAACAUUUCCUUUCUCAUUAUAUUAAGGACACCAUAGAGUCCGCUUCAGGAACGUCUUUAGUAAGAUACAACCAGAUACGCUUACAGAGCAUUAUGGGUACUGUAGUACAUCAUGCCGCAUCUCCUUUUAGCUCAGCAUCAUGCUACGGACAUUAGUCUCAAUUUAACAAUUUUCUGUGGAAUUUUCCGUUGCUCAAAAAAACGCUCUGUGUAUGUAUAUGUCUGUUUGUUGCUGAAGCUCCGCUGUUCCACCACAGACCAACCAGGCUCAACACACCUUUGUCUAUGUUUGUGAAGUAAACAUGACAAAUUCCACCCGGCAUUAAGGACUUCUGGUCUGUAAGGUGCACAUUUAGAAAUGUCUUCGUGUGUCAUGAUCAUGGAAUCAGAUGGACUUGUGAAGUGAACUUUCCCUGUUGACAUGAUGGUUUGGUAUGCGUAUGCAUUUAGACCUUGUAAGUGUCGUUCCACAAAAUGAUUGCCUUUUGCGUCCCUUUGAUAUUUGAAGUAGAAAUUGUGCACGACUAUUGCAUUUUAAAAGCCUGUUAUAUUAAUAAAUGUGCCCUUUUAAUACAGACUAGAUACAUUAUUCCUAUUUAAAAUCAGAUUUUUUUUAAUUAAGACUUGCUAAAGUGUAAAAAUUCAGCAUUUUGACAUGUCCCUCCGUGCACCCUCUGUGACUUCUAGGAAGAUUUUAACCCACUUAAUCUGCACAUUUCUCCCAAAUUUUCAUCAUCGUUGUAUUUUGCUGCUUAGACAAAGUCAAAGCCAUUUCUGAAAAUGACGAUUUAUUUAAUGUGAUUAGUGAAUCAUUUAUGUCUACCUCAUUUUAAAGUCAACCCUGUAACGUGAACUGAACUCUCGUUUUUAUGUGGUGAAACUAUUCCUUUAAAAAAAAAAUGUUUUAGCAAAAUAAACAUUGAACAUCUAAUAGUCAAACCAUAGAGUAAAAGCAGGUGAGCUGGUUCUACUAAUUUUGGCUAUGUUCUGGUGUUUUGUGGUGGGAAAAUGAGCUGGUCGAACAUAAGAUGUCAACCCUGUUACCCAUAGUUAGACAGGCUGUAAAUGUAAAAAGAAAUAAUAAAAUACAAAUUGUUAAGCUUAA